CUCUCUCUAUAUAUAUAUAUAUACACACACACAAAACAUGCUUCAUUUUGUUCUCUUCCUGUCGUGUUUCUCAUCAACUACAAUACCCAUCAACCAUUUCACCAUUUUUUCACUUUCUCUUUUCCAAAACCUACCUAUUCUUUAUCGCCCUUUUCAUUUUUUCACAUAAAAAUUAGAUUUUUAUCUUGUAUUACCUGUCAAUUUUUUGUUUUUUAAUAUCUUAAUUCUUACCCUGUGAUUAUUUAUUUUUUUGGGUUCAGUUGUUGUCUAGUGGGGUGCUAUUGAAUCCGGAUUUUGUUGUAGGGUUUGUGUGUUUUCUGUGUCUGUUAUGCACAUUGAGUUUGUUAGUUCAAAAAGAAGUGUGAAAUUUGUUCUUCUUUGUGUGAUCAUGACCUUGGAUCAACACAAAGAUAGGAAUGCCUUGAUUCUACCGAUUGAAGAACUUUGGGGACAGAAUUGAUUGACUCGUCGUAACUAUUAUGUCAUCCAAAAGUUCUUUGGAUGUUGAAUUGUCAAAGAAGACAUCGUUUUUGGGUUUGAAAAGAUGGGUUUUGAUUGGUAUCGGUGUUGGUGCAUUUAUAGUGCUGAUUCUUUGUAUAUUGUCUAUAUGGGUGAUGUUUCGGAGGAAGUCUAGGAGAUUGUUGGACAAGUCCCAAAUACCAAAUGUGUCAAAAGAUAUCAAUGUUGACAAGGUUGGAAAUGUGUUUGUUCCUAUUCAUGAUAAUAAUUCAGAUAUGAUGUCGGUUCAUAUGAGGAUGGGCAAAUUCAGUGAUCCUGAUAGUGUCAGUCAGUGCAGCGGCAACUCAAUUUAUCAUCACGAGAGAGGAUUUAGUUCGCUGUCAGGGGAAGAAGGGAACUCGGGUAAUUUCAAGAAGCAUCCGACAUUGUCAAAUGGAGGAGGGCCAAUGACUACCUCUCCUUUGAUCGGCUUGCCAGAAUUUUCUCACCUUGGGUGGGGACAUUGGUUUACACUUAGAGAUCUCGAACAAGCAACCCGUUGUUUUGCAGCUGAGAACGUUCUUGGUGAGGGUGGAUAUGGGGUUGUUUACAAGGGUAAACUGAUCAAUGGAACCGAGGUUGCAGUGAAAAAACUUCUUAACAACUUGGGACAAGCAGAGAGAGAAUUCAGGGUUGAAGUGGAGGCUAUAGGCCAUGUUAGACAUAAGCAUCUUGUGCGCCUGCUUGGAUAUUGCGUAGAAGGAGUUCACAGGCUGCUGGUGUAUGAAUAUGUGAACAAUGGUAACUUAGAACAAUGGUUACAUGGGGACAAGUACCAACUUGGGACACUUACCUGGGAGGCCCGCAUAAAAGUUAUACUAGGCACAGCCAAAGCGCUUGCAUAUUUACAUGAAGCAAUAGAACCAAAAGUUAUUCACCGGGAUAUAAAGUCCAGCAACAUAUUGAUCGAUAAGGAGUUCAAUGCAAAGGUUUCUGAUUUUGGUUUGGCCAAACUUUUGGAUUCAGGAGAAACUUACAUAACUACUAGAGUAAUGGGAACUUUUGGUUAUGUGGCACCAGAAUAUGCCAAUAGUGGUUUGUUAAACGAGAAGAGUGACAUUUACAGCUUUGGUGUCCUCCUGCUUGAAGUGGUUACCGGACGGGAUCCUGUAGAUUAUGCGCGUCCUUCUAAUGAGGUUAAUCUUGUUGAAUGGCUCAAGAUGAUGGUGGGGGCAAGGAGGGCCGAGGAUGUUGUGGACUUGAACAUUGAAGUUAAACCAUCUGCACGCGCUUUGAAGCGUUCCCUUCUGGUUGCACUUAGGUGUAUUGAUCCAGAUGCAGAAAAGAGGCCCAAAAUGAGUCAAGUUGUAAGGAUGCUUGAAGCUGACGAAUAUCCUUUCCGAGAGGAUCGGAGGAAUAGAAAGAGCGUGGCUACCAGCAUGGAAAUCGAAACAGUCAAUGAUAUUUCUGGUCCAUCCAAUGCUGAGAAGGCGAGUCAUUCUAUAAGCUCCGUGCCAGAAACAACUCAAGGAUAGGAUUGACAACCACAUGUACAAUUCCUGUUGUACUUAUACCAAUUCCAUUAACUAAUUUAUACCUUAUAUCUCCAAGGUUAUGUAUCUCUGACAAAAUUUUGCUGCAUCUGACAAAAUAUAUGAAGAUAAUGAAACAAUUUUUUUUAUUCAAUGUGGCCAUUCAAGAUA